AUGUCGCUCGCGCUACUAAGCCUGGCCGCGCUGUGCUGGAACGCUGCGUACCCGGAGCCGACUAUCCAGUGUGGCUCUGAAAAUGGGCCAUCUCCAGAGUGGAAGGUUCAACACGCUCUGACCCCUGGAGACUUACGGGACCUCCGAGUGGAACCUGUUAAAAUCACUGUUGAACCACAGGAGUAUUCCCUUUUGAUGAACAUAAGUUGGAUACUCCGAGCAGAUGCCAGCAUCCGCUUGUUGAAGGCCACCAAGAUUUGUGUGACCAGCAAAAGCAACUUCCAGUCCUAUAGCUGUGUGAGGUGCAAUUACACUGAGGCCUUCCAGCAUCAGACCAGACCUUCAGGCCGCAGGUGGAAGUUUUUCUACAUAGGCUUUCCUGUAGAGCUGAGCACAGUCUAUUUCAUUGGGGCCUAUAAUAUCCCAACUGCAAACAUGAAUGAAGAUGGUCCUUCCUUGUCUGCGAAUUUCACCUCACCAGGCUGCCUAGACCACAUAAUGAAAUACAAAAAAAAGUGUAUUGAGGAAGGAAGUCUGUGGGAUCCAAACAUCACUGCUUGUAAGAAGAACGAGAAGACAGUAGAAGUAAAUUUUACCACCAGUCCCCUUGGAGACAGAUACCUGGCUCUCAUCCAAAAUAAAGCUGUUCUUGGAUUUUCUACUGUGUGGGAGAACAAACUAACCCGGACUUCUGUGGUGAUCCCAGUCACCGGGGAGAGUGAAGGUGCUGUGGUACAGCUGGCUCCGUAUUUCCGUACUUGUGGCCAUGACUGCAUCCGACACAAAGGAACUGUUGUGCUUUGCCCCAAGAAACGUCUUCAGAACUCUCUGGAUAAUAAUGACAGAACAGUGUUGGGAGGCUGGCUGCCUCUCCUCAUGGCUCUACUGGUGGUCACAUGGGUGCUGGUGGUCGGAAUCUACCUACUGCAGAGGCAUGAAAAGAUCAAGACAACAUCCUUCCCUGCAACCACGAUACUGCCUCCCAUUAAGGUUCUUGUAGUUUACCCAUCUGAAAUAUGUUUCCAACACACAGUCUGUUACUUCACUGAAUUUCUUGAGAGCCACUGCAGAAGUGAGGUCAUCCUAGAAAAGUGGCAGAAAAAGAAAAUAGCUGAGAUGGGCCCAGUGCAGUGGCUUACCACUCAGAAGAAAGCAGCAGAUAGAAUAAUCUUCCUUCUUUCCAAUGAUGUCAACACCGUGUGUGAUGCUACUUGUGGCAAGAAUGAGGGCAGUGCCAGUGAGAACUCCCAAGACUUGUUCCCCCUAGCCUUCAACAUCUUCUGCAGUGAUUUAACAAGCCAGAUUUGUCUGCACAAAUACAUAGUGGUCUAUUUUAGAGAGGCUGAUACUGAAGAUUACAGUGCUCUCAACGUCUGCCCCAAGUACCACCUCAUGAAGGAGGCCACUGCUUUCUGCAAAGAACUUCUCCACAUCAAGCAGCAUGUGUCAGCAGGGAAAAGGUCACAAGCCUGCCACAACUGCUGA